AUGAACCAAACAAAACUUAUAAUUAACAAAGAAUCUCCAAAACAUACUUCAAAAGAAUUAGAAUCAAUAACUAUUUUAAAAAAUCAUCAUAACAAUAAUGAAAAUGAUUUACAACUUAAAGAUAUUACAUUUUUAGAUUUAAGUUUUCAACAUUUGAAGAUAUUACCAAAGUAUUUACAUUCUCUUAACUUAAUUAAAUUAGAUCUUUCUAAUAAUCAAAUAGAAGGUGAUAUUAAUCUUUCAUUCUUAUCAUCUUUACAAACACUUGACAUAAAUUCAAAUUACAUUAACAGUAUUAAACUACCUUCUUCUUUAGAAACGAUUAAUAUUUCUCAAAAUAACAUUAAUUCAUUUGAAUAUGAAAAUAAUAGUUUAAGAAAGCUAUUAUGUAAUAAUAUUAAUAUGUUAACUAUUUCAUCUCCAAAUCUUAUUGAACUUUCUUGUUCAACAACUAAUUUAAUUACCAAACAACAACACCUUACAAAAUUAAUAAUAAUGAAUUCUCUUCACUGUGAACAAUAUAAUUUUUAUCAAUUUGAAUAUCUUUCUUCACUAACAAUUUCUUGUUGUGAAUUAUAUUUUCUUCCUCAAUGUAUUGAAAAGAUGAAUUUAAUUUGUUUAGAUGUCAGUUGUAAUUUGAUUUCUUUAUUUCCAAAAAACCUUCCUACCACAUUAACCAGUCUUAAUUUAAACUACAACCAAAUAUCAUCAAUUCCACUUCAAUAUAUUAAUCAUUUAAAAGAAUUAUUUAUUACAGGAAAUUUAAUAACUUUAUCAACAGUUGAAUCACUUUCAAACAUAUUAUACAUUCCUUAUUUUAAACCUGAAAGACUUAUUGAAAUAGAAGAUGGAAUUUAUGUUGGUAAUAAACAUCAUUCACAAAAUAAAUCUAUUCUUGAUAAAUUCAAUAUUAAAAGUAUUAUUACAGUUGCUGAAAUAUUACCAUCUUAUCCUUCUUUAUUUAAUUAUAAAGUUAUUAAAGUUCCUGAUUUACCAACAACAAAUUUAUAUAUACAUUUUAAUGAAUGUUAUAACUUUAUUGAAUCUAAUAAAAAUAAAGGUUCUAUUUUAAUACAUUGUGUUGCUGGAAGAAGUAGAAGUGGAACUAUUGCAAUUUCAUAUUUUAUGAAGAAGAAACAAUUAUCACUUGAUAAAACAUUAACAUUCAUUAGAAAUAAAAAUCCAAAAAUUGAACCAAACAGUGGAUUUAUGGAACAACUACGAAGAUAUGAAAUAGAAAUGAAUUUAAAUAAAAAAGAUAAUAAAACACUUUUAUCUUCAUCAAAACAUAAUCAGAAGUGUUGUAUAAAUUAG